AUGACUACGAUGUUGAUACGUUCAAGGCCCGAUGGUCCAGCGGUCGUCGCUCUGUCAGUUUCGGAGGAUGACAGGCCCGAUGGUCCAGCAGUCGUCGCUCUGUCAGUUUCGGAGGAUGACAGGCCCGAUGGUCCAGCAGUCGUCGCUCUGGCAGUUUCGGAGGAUGACAGGCCCGAUGGUCCAGCGGUCGUCGCUCUGUCAGUUUCGGAGGAUGACAGGCCCGAUGGUCCAGCGGUCGUCGCUCUGUCAGUUUCGGAAGAUGACAGGCCCGAUGGUCCAGCAGUCGUCGCUCUGUCAGUUUCGGAGGAUGACAGGCCCGAUGGUCCAGCGGUCGUCGCUCUGUCAGUUUCGGAGGAUGACAGGCCCGAUGGUCCAGCGGUCGUCGCUCUGUCAGUUUCGGAGGAUGACAGGCCCGAUGGUCCAGCGGUCGUCGCUCUGUCAGUUACGGAGGAUGACAGGCCCGAUGGUUCAGCGGUCGUCGCUCUGUCAGUUUCGGAAGAUGACAGGCCCGAUGGUCCAGCAGUCGUCGCUCUGUCAGUUUCGGAGGAUGACAGGCCCGAUGGUCCAGCGGUCGUCGCUCUGCCAGAGAAAGUCACCACAAGGAUUUUCUUCUGCUCUCCCACGCGCGUCUAG